UUUGUCCACAAAAAUAAUAUAAAUAAUUAUUUGGUGCACAAAAAACGUAAAGAUUGAUGGUUCAUGUUCGUUUCAGGUAACGUUAUGCUGUUCCGCUCCAGUCCAGCAGGGGGCGCAAAUUGGCCAAUCAGCUGAUUUGUGGUGACCCCCAGCAAAAGGAAAACUAAAGGAUUUAGCAUCAGGUUGUGUGGAAUCAUCCAGAAUACGGUUGUUUUAUCGUUUCUCAGCUAAUAUCUCAGCAACCAUGACUUCCGCUCAGCAUCUGAGAGAUUUUAUCAGAGAGAGACUAACUGCUGCUGCAGCAGAAAUCUUCUCAGAGGUGGAAAAAACCAUCAUCUGCUACGAGGAGGAGCUCGAUGCUCAGCGCAGGAUGAUGGGGAUCAACUGGAAACCAGAGAUCAAACUCAUCAGAAUCGGUUCGGAGCUGCAGAGACAAAGUUCUGCAGACCUACAGCAACAUGUCUGGAAGGAUGAGAAGGAUCCGAUGCAGAACCUCCAAAACGGUCCUGAUGAGACCUCCAGUCUGGACCUGGAGGAACCAGAAGCUUCACCGGUUAAAACUGAACGGGGUGAACUCUGCAGCAGACAGGAUGGAGAGCAGCUGCAGCCUGUCAGCCCUCUGCAGACGCCCCGUCAUCAGGGGUCAGAACCAAACGCUGAAGAAUGUCAGAACUACUCGUCCUUAACAUGUGAUGUUUGUGGGAAAACCUUUAAAUCCAAGUAUAAUUCUCAGGUGCAUCACAGAAUGCACUUGGGUUUGAAGCCAUUUGUUUGUACAAUAUGUGGAAAAGGCUUCUCUCAAAAAACUCAUUUAAAGGGCCACAUAAGCGUCCACACAGGUGAGUGGCCGUUUUAUUGCAAAAUAUGUGGCAGAGGUUGUGUUGACCGUCGGCGUCUGAAUAAUCACAUGAGGACCCACUGCGGGGAGAAGUCAUUCACCUGUGAAAUAUGUGGGAUCGGCUUCACCCUGCUGAGCUCGUUGAACUCCCACCUGAGGAAACACAACAGAGAGACACUGUUUUCCUGUCCAACAUGUGGUCAAAUAUUCACACGCAAAAUUUCCCUCAGAGCUCAUAUGUGGGUGCACACAGGUGAGAAACCGUUCUCAUGCACAGAAUGUGGAGUUAAAUUCAGCACAGCCAAUGGAAUGUACAGACAUAAAAAAUCACAUAAAGACGAGGAAACGAAUCUGGUUAGUGUGGAGGAAAACUGAAGAUGAGGGGUUAUUUUAUUAAAUGGGUUUUUUAGGAAGCUGUAAUCCAGACUGAUGGAUUAAAUACAUCUAGUCAUUUUCACCAUGGUGAACAUUUUCAUCAUUCAGACUGCAGGGGAUGAAAGAUAAACAAUCAGCUUUAUUAUUUACAGUAAAACAGAAUUAAAAAUGAGAUGGAAUUUAAAAACAUUAUGACUUGAAACAGAAAAAUACUUUAAAACAAAUAACAGCAAUGAUUUGAUCAGUAAACAUCAUAAUUAUCAGUAGUUUAGGCAGAGAGUCUGGAGGAUCCAGGCUGAUGGGAACAGGAGUUUCUACCAGUUCUUAUUAUUUCAGUGUUUGAUGUUUGGACUUUCUAAAGUAAUUUACCAUCUAAUGUUUGCUGUACAGAUGCUCUGUGUUGUUUUCUGUGAAGCUGUUCAUGUUGCAGUGAGUCGGGCUGCAGCCAAGAUCUGAUCCAUCCAUCCAUCCAUCUUCUUUCACCCUUGUCCCUCAGUGGGGUCGGGAGGGUUGCUGGU